CACUGGGCCUUGUUUACGGCCGAUGGAGGAGAGGGCUGCCCGGUCGCUUGGGAGGGCGACUGGCUCCGCUUUCGGGAGCGGAGGUGGGGUGUGCAGGACCGGCGCUGGGAAAGGGGCGUGUGCCCGAGGCCUCACUCAGUUCAGGCGGGAGGCUGUCCGGCUGGCUGUCAAGGAGUCUCUCGACUCCACCUUUCCGUACUUCGGCUGAGAGGGCGAGAUGGCAGCGCUUGAAACGGAGGGAUAAAUGUUUAGAAAGGAAAUGUCGGCUCGUGGGCUUUGGCCUGGGGAUAGAUUUGUCGCCGCCGCCGCCGCCUCGGGCCUUUGCUGCGAGCGCGAGUGCACGAAAUUCUCGCUUCGGCCGUAGCCAUGCCGCACCUGUUGCCUGCGCUUGUCUCUGCCCGUUUCUCUGUUCCCCACACCAUCUUGGGGGUUGAUGGCGGAUUGAAACCGCCGUCUCCUCAGCGACGUUUCCAAGUUAAACGAAAGCAAAACAUUCUUGGCCCCCGCGAGCUCGGUAUUUCGGCCUCCUCCCUGCUGCUCUGCCUCCCUUCGGGGAUUGGGGGAGCAGAGCUUCCUUUCGAUGCCUCUUGAGCAGGUAUUAGUUGAGCUCGAGAACACUGAUUAGCAUAUGAAUGAGCCCUGGUCACUGACCAUUUUGUAGAAGCCUCUGUCACAGAUACUCUGAAGUUGCAUUUGCCAUUGUGGUUAUUUUUAGUUAAAUGCAGGUUAGACACACUGUCAGUAUGAAGAAUGAUUUGUGCUUGGAUGUGCUCUUUUCCUGUUAGAACUUCGAUGAAUAAGCAUUCUUGUGUAACAGUGGGUGACAGGUAGAAAAAUGGAUAGUGAAUUUUGGUAUGUUUUAUUUCUAGUGUUCUUCCUGUCCUAUUGUAGACUUCUCCCCCUCCCCAUUGUAGGGUUCUCCCCCCUUAUUUAGUUGAAAUGCCUAUCUUUCAUGAUGUGAUGGAAUGCAUAGAUGAAUACAUUUACUAGGAUAAGCUAAGCAUUUGCUUGGAGAAAAUUAUUGCAUUUUCUUUGCAAUUGGUGAUUCAUUCAAGAGCAAAACAGUACUACUGAAUACUUGUUAUAAAUAACGCCAGGGGAACUUGAAUCCAGUUUUUAAUGUAGCCUUACUGUUUGCUCAGAUGUUGGAUUUACAUCUGGGCAUGAAGCAGUGUCAUGCUUUUGUGGCCCUGUGUCAUGACUUCAGUACUAAUAUGCUAACCCAUAACAAGUAGAGCAUGUGCUUCAUAGGUAUUUUGGUUGUCUAAUCACAAGUUAGUUUCUUUGGUAUAGUUAGUCUGGUUGUUGGUUAAAACUACUCCAUGUUAUAAAACUGUCACAGGAUGGCAUGUCAGGGGUUGCACAGCACAUUCUCCAUGAAUAUACCCGUAUGUAGGAAUUUUUUUAAACAGUAGAAGUGGCUUUUAAAAAACUAGUACUGGGUGAGCUAUUUAGUCUUGUGGUAUAACUGUAAAUUGUCUUGUUCCUGUAGUUUAGUAAAGAAGGUCUUCCCUUUGAAUUUUUGUCAGUUGUAUCUGCAUAUUUAUUUAUUUAUUUUAUAUCAUAUUUGUAUUCCGCCCUCCCCGCUCAGGGUGGAUAACAACAUUAAGCAUAGAAGUUCGUGGAGAUGCUUUGCUAGUUUCAGCCUCAGCAGAAUGGUCCUUUUUUGAUACCUCUCGCUGAUCGUAUCUUGUGGUAACAGGAACCCUGUUUUGGAUUUCCAUAUAGUGAAACGCCUGGAGUUCCAAUCAUGGCUUCAAGACGAACAGAAGUUCCUGCAAUUGAGCAUGGCUCUGAAGGGCUUCUAGGAAAGAUGUCCCAGCCAAUUGGAAUGCACCGUCGGGCUUUCAGUUAUGAUGAUGCCCUGGAGGAUACAACACCAAUGACCCCUCCUCCUUCAAACAUGUGCUCCAGUAUCUUGUGGAAACAGCCAGUCAUCCCAGAGCGCAAAUAUGAAGAGCUUUCCAAGGUUGAGGAAGGGGAGACUGGCAUGUAUCCAUCUACUAUAACCUCCUCAUCUUCCACUGGGACUGUGAACAAGGUUCCAGUGGUGAAAGCCAAGGCCACCCACAUCAUCAUGAAUUCUCUCAUGACAAAACAAACUCAGGAGAGCAUUCAGCGCUUUGAGCAACAGGCAGGGCUGAGAGAUGCUGGAUACACUCCCCACAAAGGCCUCACUGCAGAGGAGACAAAAUACCAUCGUGUGGCUGAGUCACUCCAUAAUCUAAAGAUGCAAAGUGGAGAAACAGCAAAAGAAGAGAAACAGGCCUCUUCUGCCCAGUCCACUCCAAGCAGCACUCCACAUUCCUCUCCCAAGCGUACAUACAGGGGCUGGUUUAGUCAGGGAACAUCCACUUCCAUCACUGGUCCAGAUUUCGUCUCCAUGGAUUCCAGCAGUGGUGACAGUGAUAAAGCCCCCUCUGAAAAAUGGAGCCUUUUUGGACCUAGAGCUCUCCAGAAAUCCACCACUGAUUCAGGGGGCUUUACCAUACAGGCCUACAAGGGUGCCCAGAAGCCCACCCCAAUGGAGUUAAUGCGUGCUCAGGCCUCCAGGAUGGCAGAGGACUCCACAACAUUCAAGCCUCCCAAGAUGGACAUUCCAGCUGUUGAAGAAAAGAGACGUUCCCCACGUUCUCAUAGUAUCAACCCACGAGACAUGAAUGUUCUUACUCCCACGGGUUUCUAGUAACACCUCUAUGUGGAAGCAGGAUAAUAUUCUCAAUAUUUAAUGGACUAAAUGGUCCAAAGCUGUUUUUUCCACAUUGUUACGGGCUUUUGACAUCUCUUUUCUAGCUCAGAAUUGCACAUGGUCAUGAAAAAACGUGGGCAAUCUAACACCUUUCUGAAUGACUUGUUUUUUAAUCCCUUCCCAAAGGUCUCUUGUAUUCAAUACCAACUUGUCAUAAUCAUCCUGCCUCUGUAAUUCUGACAUCCAGCUCAAUGUUUCUUUAUAUUGCUCAGUUUUAUAAAGGGAAACCAUGAGACUGCUGGAGUUUUGAUAUGAAUAUUUAGAGUGCGGUAUCUGGCUUUUGUGUAGGCAUCUGCCUUAUGCAUGUCAGGGUACUGGAGGACAAUCUAGUCUAAACAUCUCAACUUUGAACAUUUGGUCUAGCAUUAGCUGAAAUUUGGUGAUCCGUCAGGAUUUUUUUUUCUUGGAUGAGUUCAGUAGUCUCCUUCAAUAUGAAGAUUCAUUGCUGGUCUCAUUUCACUUCUAAGAGGUCCAUGUCUAAAAGCAUUGAUUGUUUCAGUUUGAAAAGAAAACAGACUCUUCUAGGACUUUGUGAAAUGGAUAACGCUUGCGAUGUACUCUGUUCUUGAUAUUGGCUCAUUCAGCACUGUUAUGGAACUGAAGCAAUUGUUUUGAUAAAAGUUCCAUUCAUCCUAAAGUACAGUAGUUCUUUGCUUUCCUUAACAAAAAGAGAAUCAUGGCUGUAACCGUUAACAUCAGGAAACACGUGAAAAAUAGUAUUAUGAGUUUUGGGAAAGGGAAACUGGUAAUUCUUCUUCAUGCUGCAUUAGCAGACACUGGGAUCCAGUGAAGCUAAUCUUGUUAGAUAGCUCAGUUUAGUUGUGAACAUUCCCAGUAACUGCUUAUACAAAUGCUUAUUUUCAGAGUUCUACUGUUGGGCAUAUUCUGAGCCAUCAGGUACAAUAGAAAGCUUGCUGUAUUCUGUCUAUGCUUUGGGGCAAUGAAUCGCUAUUGUUCUGGUCUAGAUUCUGAGCCGCCGGUUGGCUUUUCAGAUGGCACCCUCAAAGUGUCCAUUAUAUAGAAGCUGAUUAUUUAAAGGCAUGCUUAUUGAGACUUCCUCACUAAUAUUUUUGUAUGCCUGAAAGGAAGCUUGUUUCCCAUCAGAACCCAAUUAUUCUUUCUACAAAUUGUAGGUGAUGCCAUAGUCGACCUGGUAAUAUUUCACCCAGCUUCCUUUUAUUCCCUCACAAUAAUGGUAACAUCUUGGGUUACUAAGAUUCCUUGAUAGUGUCUUGGAUCUGUCUUAGCUUAUUGGCAAUUACAAUUGUUGCUUGUACAUAGUAGAUAGUGAUCUGACUUGUUGGUUAGUGUUUAAUUUAUUUUUGUGAUGUUUUAUGUUUGUCUCACUGUGCCUAACACUUCCUACAAAAGAAUAAAAAACAGUGAAUAAA